AUGCCCCCCGACGCCGAUGCUGCCACCAGGACCGUGAUUCACGAGCCUCCGAUUCGGAUCUGCGACUUGCCUGAAGAGAUCCUGCACUGGAUAUUUGAAUUGUUGGUCCCGCUUGACUAUGAAAGCGUGUGCGCCUGCUUGAGUGUCUGCAGAUUGUUUCAUGCCGUGAUCAAGUGCUCCCACAUUCUGUGUUAUCAGAUCCGCCUGGGUCUCGAGGGAAAGAGAGAUUUGGCCAAUUCCUCGCUGUCUUACGCCCAGCGCAAUGCAGCGUUAACGAUGUCAUUGGAUCGCUGGUGUCGACUUGAGUUUUGCUCGUCACACUGGCUGUCGAAGGAGGUUACGGAGCGUUGGGACUUGCAGAAUGGAUCGUUCGCUCAGAUACUCGAGGAAACUGGGGAGAUUCUCGUCUUCCAGCUUCCGUCUCGGACCCGCGGCGUGGUCGGCAGGACGUUGACGCUUGAACUCGACUUCACACCCGAUGACCUCGUCCUGGAUCCUUCGCAAGACUUGCUUGUUAUUUUCGAGCAAGUCGAUUUCUCACAUUACUACUUCAGAGACGUGGGCGAGAGCCACGUACUGGUGCAUAUCCUGAAACUCGCAACUGGGGCUCCCCAUCCAUGGGCUCGUGCUCCUGAAGUCUUGCACCAUGCGUCGACCGAGAUCCCAGAUGCUCUACAAGCAUCGGUCUUUGAGGACCUUGUAGGAAUGAUGACUUGGAUUGGGCCACCAGACAGUCCCUUGCCAGUCGGCGUAUGUGAAUGGACCGUGGGCAACAAUCUGCUCGUAUGGAACUGGAAGACAGGGGAACUACUGGCGGAUAUCAUCGGGUCCGCGAUCAAAACGUACACCUUCUUGUCUCAUGAACACAUCAUGCUCGGCAUAAUCGAUCCGCAAAAUGGCCAGCCUCUUCUCGAAAUCUGGGAUCUCGCUAACUGUGGCUCCGCGCGCCCCGCAUUCCGGGGGUGGCCAAGACCUGAUACCACGGGCCUUCGUCUCCAUCUUCCGUUCAGAAACGGAGAUAACGGUGUCAGCGCAAUGGCGCUGGACACGGGUACCGGCCCCAGCGCGUAUCCUCAGAAGAACGCUCAGGCCCCAUUCUACACCCCCGGAUACUUCGGCGUCGUUGCCGCAACGUUUGAACUUGCAGCCGACCAGCAAUGUAUUCUUGUCAUGGAUCGAAAGGAGCUCCUGCGCCUAGCCCUCGGGGCCCGUGGCUCGGACGGGCUUGUCACCUUGCAGUGGCAUGAAUGGGGCCCUUCCCGAACGCGUAUAAUCCCGGAGGUCAACGAUGGAGAAUCUCGGUGGAUAACGAACGGAUACCGCAUGAUCGAGCACGAUCCCGACAGGAUUUCAUCCGGCGACUGCGAAUGCGGCGGGGAAGACCAGCAGGUGCUCCGCUUGCGUCUGUAUGACUUCUCUCCCGCUACGCGGUUCCGGUCUACAGCGGAGUGGGGUGGGACGGAGGUUCAAUAUUUCAUGGAACCGGAAACCGUGACUCUGACAGGCGCAGACCAUCCUAUCACCACGUCACUGCCGUUUUCGUUGCACAGGCGAAUAAUCAGCUGCCCACCUAUCGGUAUUCAUGACGCCUACCUUAUCCGUCGCGUUCUCUUGGCCGAAGACGGUAUUUUGAUUGGUGUGAACCGAGAAGAUGAGCGGGAGGGUAAGACCGAAUACAUAGCACUGGCAAUUUAG